GUUCAACAUGCAAGUGACAGUAUCUUCGACUUUCUUGGCCCGAAUAUUCUAAUACAUUUUGAGCUUCGGUCGCUGGUGCCAAGCCAUCCGAUUUCAGACGAAAGGGCCGACCUCAAAGGAACGGGGCCAUUCGGGCUUCACCUCUGACACUCCGACGCCCACUCAGCCGCACGGCCAUCUUGGUCUCCAUCGAAAAGAUGACAGUGACAGCCGUUGGAACUAUUUGAUCAGAGCGCAACUGUAGCGCCGACUACCUCAUAUACUAGGUACACAGCUUCCCAAAAUGGGCGACUAUAAGCAGGUCCGCUCGUCUUCACCGUCAAACCAACACCGCGACAGCGACGAACUCGAGCUGCAGGAGCAGGUCGUCCAGGAGAAAGCCCCCAACCUCGGCGAUGAGCAGCAUGAGCGCCUCUUGUCGGAAGACGACGAGGAGGGGCUGAAAGGUGGCCACGAUGACGGCUAUGCACGCAAACGACGAGGGCGAUGGUGGCGUCGAGGAUUACUUGGUCUUCUCGGGCUUCUCGUCCUGACGGCCGUGGCCGCCGCACUGAACUACUUCUACCUCGAAGAGACACAGGGCGAACAGGGCGAGGAAGCCAGCGCAUUUCGGCGUCCAUCGUCCGACUACAUUAUCGACCCGUCCUGGGACUAUGAUGCGCCCCCUACGGUGCGCGAGUAUCAUUGGGCCAUUUCCGACAUCACAGCGAACCCGGACGGUGUCUUCCGGCCGAUGAUGGCGAUCAACGGCCAAUUUCCGGGACCCAUGAUUGUGUGCAACGAAGGGGAUACCAUCGUUGUCAACGUGGUCAAUGAGGCAAAGAAUGCGACUGCCAUACACUGGCACGGCCUCUUCCAGAACGGCACGAACUGGAACGACGGAACCGUCGGUGUCACACAAUGCCCAAUCGCCCCGGGCCGCUCGUAUCGUUAUGAGUUUGUUGUGAGGGGCCAAUCUGGAUCAUUCUUUUAUCACGGGCACCAAGCUGCACAGAACUUAGAUGGCCUGGCUGGGCCCCUUAUAGUCCUCUCCAAGGAUGAACGGGACACUCAACCGAUCGCGUACGAUUCGGAUCGUGUGAUCAUGGUGCAGGAUUGGUACCAUGAUCUAUCUGAUGGCCUCUUGAGGAAGACGCUGUCUUCUGGGGACGAGGGAUCACCAACACCCAACGGGGCCUUGAUUAACGGGGCGAACAAAGUGGACUGUUCUCUUCACCAGAACCGCCACUGUGACUCUUCAUCAGCUGCGUUGCCAUCCUUUGACCUGGAACCGAACAAGAACCACCGGUUUCGAGUGAUCAAUGUUGGUGGUUUUGGCUGGUUCGAAGUCAGCGUUGAUAGACAUCUCGAUCUCCCCGUGACAGAAGUUGACGGUGUGACCGUUGAGCCUCUGUCCGAUUCAACACUGCUUGUUGGACCCGGCCAGCGAUACAGCCUCGUGCUUUCGGCCAACCAGACUGACCCCUCCAAUCUGUACUGGUUCCGGGCCCGUAUGAUAAACCACUGUUUCGCUGAGAAUGUUCUCCCCGACAACGGCGUCGCCACAGCCCAAGCGGUCAUCCGAUAUAACUCAGCAGUAACCGAGGCCCAACCUCAAGAUCAGGCUAUUACUCCUACCACCGACAACGAUAGCGGGAAGUUCACGGUGAUUUGCAAGGACAAGGCGCCCGACACUUACAAGCCUCUGCCUCGGACGCCUGCACCCGAGUUUGCACACCACUCGUGGUAUUUGCGGGUGAACUUAGAAAUAGGCGACUGGCGACUAGAGCGUGGCUUUGUAAACAAAAGCACAUACCGGCCACAGCUGCAGUCUCCAACCCUUCACCGACUGGUGGAUGGUUUGAACAGCGCCAACGAGACGUUCAACCUGGAGGGCGUCAACGACGAGGCGUUUGACAUCAAGAACGAGCUGGUCAUUAGCUCGGGCGGUGUUGAAGUGGUGGACUUGAUACUUCAAAAUUUCGACGAAGGAAACCAUCCCUUCCACUUGCACGGUGCGCAGAUGUUCAUCCUAGCGGCAGGUCACGGGUACUUUCCAGGUUACAAGGAACUGGGUCUCCAGGAUGAGGGCAAGGGUCUACUGGAUCCCAAUAACAACACUAUCAUCGCGAACCCCGUCCGGCGAGACGUCACCACCAUUGAGGCCUUCGGAUGGACGCUGGUCCGUUUUAUCGCAGACAACCCAGGGGUUUGGCUAUUUCACUGUCAUAUGAUCUGGCAUGCGGAAGCAGGGAUGGCCAUGCAAUUCGCAUCGAGACUCGAUCUGAUGAGGAACUGGACAAUACCAGAGGAGAACAGGAAAUUAUGUGAGGCACCUGUAGACGAGCUUGAGAAGGGGUCUACGCCCAAGGACAGUAUAUGGUUUGGGCAGUUUGGAGAUGAUUCUUGAAUUUCAAGAGCACAUGCAUGGCAAGGAGUUUUGGGAAUUUUUAUUUCAGUACAUAUCUGUGUAGAUAAAG